CAACAAUGUCACGUAACCCAAUUUUCCGAAGCUUCUUCUCAUGUCAUCCCUUAUGUUCUCGUAGACCGCGUCUUCCCUACCCGGAUUUAAUUGUGAACGGAACUCACCUUCCUGAUUCCUGAUCAAAACUAAUCCGAGUCAGAGGAACGCGGAGGUCUAUAUUCGAUGGCAAGCAGCUUGAGCAGGGGGAUCCCGGUUCUUGUCGCGGUGUUCUCUCUAGUGGCUGUGCUCUGCGAUGGGUUUCCAACGACCAUGACUCUGGAGCGGGCUUUUCCGGUGAGUGGUGAUGUCGAGCUGAGUCAGCUCAUAGCUCGGGACAGGGCCAGGCAUGGAAGGAUGCUACAGUCGACCACCGGCGGAAUUGUUGACUUCCCCGUUCAUGGCACUUUCAACCCCUUCCUCGUCGGGCUUUAUUAUACAAAAGUGCAACUGGGUAGUCCACCGAAGGAUUUCUACGUGCAGAUUGACACCGGAAGCGAUGUUUUGUGGGUCAGUUGCAGCUCCUGCAGUGGCUGCCCUUCAAAAACUGAUCUCGAAAUUCCACUGAAUUCCUUCAAUCCCAGGAGCUCGUCAUCGGCCUCAGCGAUCUCCUGCUCAGACCAAAGGUGCACCAAGGGAAUCCAAUCCUCGGAUGCAACCUGCUCCGCUCAGGAUAAUCAAUGCAGUUACUCGUUCCAAUACGGAGAUGGAAGUACUACAUCGGGAUAUUACGUCUCAGACAGUUUCCAUUUUGACAAUGUCCAAGGAGGAGGAGAGUCUCAGACAGCAAACUCUUCUGCUGCCGUUGUCUUCGGGUGUAGCACCGCGGUGAGUGGGCAAUUGACGAAAACGGACAGGGCGGUUAACGGUAUUUUUGGGUUUGGGCAACAGAGUCUAUCGGUCAUCUCGCAAUUGGCUUCACAGGGAAUAACUCCUAAAGUGUUCUCACACUGCUUGAAAGGAGACGAUGCCGGUGGUGGAAUUUUGGUCCUCGGCGAGAUCAUGGAGCCAAAUAUGAUCUACACUCCGCUAGUGCCAUCACAGUCUCAUUACAAUUUGAAUCUGGAGAGCAUUUCAGUGAAUGGUCAAGAAUUAAAUAUUGAUCCUUCUGUAUUUGCAACAUCAAGCACUGGCGGCACUAUAAUUGAUUCCGGGACGACGCUUGCAUACUUAGCGGAAAAAGCUUAUGAACCUUUUGUCACUGCUAUUGAUGCUGCUGUUUCUCAGUCCAUACAGCGAGUUCCUGCCAAAGACAACCAGUGUUACUUGGUUACCUCAAGUGUUGACAAUGGUUUUCCACAAGUCACUUUGAAUUUUGAGGGGAACUCUUCGAUGGUCAUAGGUCCCCGGGAUUAUCUUCUAAAGCAGGGCUCUGCGGGCGGGGUUGACGUAUGGUGCAUCGGCAUUGCGGGAAUCCAAGGGGGACUGACAAUAUUAGGAGACCUUGUUUUGAAAGACAAGAUCAUUGUUUACGAUCUUGCCCGGCAGCGGAUCGGGUGGACCAACUACGACUGCUCACUAUCAGUUAAUGUCUCCACAACAUCGAACUCCGGGGAAAUUGAAACCGUCUCUGCAGGCCAGCCUAUAGAUGGGAGCAGCUCCCCGAUUACUUUGCCUGACAAGUCGAUAAUUUGGAUCGUAGCAGCUAGCAUAAUGUACACAUUGGUGCUCAGCAAUUACAUGUUCCCCUAAUAUGAGUUUUUCUUUCUCCAUACGUAUAGUCCUAUUAAUUUGCUGGUCGGUAUCUGUAUACACCAGGGAGACCGUGACAAUUCUUUCACCACACAGCCAUUCACUUUGCUGCGCACUGUCGGUUCUUUCUUUGUUUCUCAGUUUGAUCACUUGUAAAUAAUCAAACUUAUAAGUGCAGCACAUACACAUAUAUAAAGGAUUGGUUCUUUCUUGAACUUUUACGUUUU